UACAUAAAUAUUUAAAGAUUUUAGUGAUACGGCUGAAAAUGGAUCAUAUGUAAUAAAUUUUGUGUCUUCUGUUAAAAGGAAACAUUUCAACCAAAUAAGGAAUGUUCUGUAUAGUGUUUGAAAGAAUGAACUUGAUUUGUAAUGCUUUUAUAUAUUUUUUUAUUGUUUCAUAAUAUACUGUGAACCUUGACUUAUCGGCUUGUUAAUCAUCAAUCAUCUGUUUAAAGAAAAUGGAUAAUAUAACAAAAAUACACUGCAUGGGAAUACUUAAAAGGAAUACAAACUGCAUCAUUCCUCAUGUUUGUUAUUUAGUUGUUCAGUCUAUUUAUACAAAAUGUAUUUAGACGAUGCUAUUUGGAAAGGAGGUUAAAUCAUGAAACUUUUUGUUAAAAGACUUUGCUUGUUUAUGUUUGCACUGUUAUUAACUCUUUAUAUGUUAAUUGCAUUGAAGAAAAAAUCUCACAGCAGAUAUCUUAUUUUUGGCGACUCUUAUCAGCUCGAGGCAGAUAGAAAUAUUACUUUAUUAACAGGUUCAGAGCAUGGUGACAAUGGAGAAACUUUUCGCAAGUCUGGUAUCAGUUCACACGACCGUGUUCCAAACAUUAUCAUACAAUAUGGAGUCGGAGGAACUGCCACAACGUUACAGUUUCAGAUUUUAUGUGUGUUUAUGGCCAUUCUACAUGAAUCAGAAAUAAACUCCUUAGGCUGUUUCUUUGGAAAAAAAACAUUUUAUAAGUAUACUGUUAUUAAAACACAUGAAAUUAAAUACAAUGAACUGCGACUUUUGCCAUUAGAUACUUGGAUUUUCAUGACUUCAAGUAGUAAUCUGUCUGCCGAAAAGCAACUGAAGUUUGAUUAUAAUAAGCGUAAAGUUCAAAUGAUGAAGAUGCAUUGUCCAUACAUAGCAGACAUAGAAACUGUUUCGAAACGUGGCCAUUUCAUUGUCCAUGAAUACCGCUCAAUUUUUGGAGUUUCUGAAGAACAGAUACAACAGGCAGUGGAAUAUUUACGCUUUUGGGACAUACUUCGUUUGUGUUGUGGAAAACAAAUGUCAGCAGAUUGGCGUAAUUAUUUAUCGCCGACCAAAAACUAUAAGCCACAUCAUAGUCUGCAUAGUUCAACAUAUCCUGCUUGCGAAAUGUACAAUAUAAGUAAAGUUGAACAACUUCUGAUGAACACGUAUGUAUUUCAGCGUUUUGCACAUAUACCGUCUCUUCGUGACGUAAUAGGGAAGCCAUCAAAUGUUGACGGUAACAUCGAUGGUCAGUACUGUGAGCGAUGUAAUAGAAAUAUUUCUAAAAACCAUUUACGGUUUAAUGAUAAUUGUGUAUAAUACUUAAAUGUACUUGUUUUGAUAUUAGUUUUCUGCCCGCUCAGAAAGAUACUAAAACUAGCAUAUAUAUAUAUACAUAAGUGCAAACAUAUACAAAAGAAAUGCCUCAUUCAAAGUAAAUUAGCACUAAUGAUCAAUACGGAACGCUCCAUUUUCAAAAAUAUGCUACCGAUGGAACCGAUAUAAGUCUUUCGGAAUGGGCUUUUUUCAAGUAACAAUAUACGUAUAUUUUUAACUUCUUUGAAAAGUACCAACAUUGGAUUAGUUAUAACUUAACGUUUCAUUAAAUGGGAAUCCAUGAUCAUAUUCCUAAUUUUACUUGAUACCCCUAAUUUAUACGCUCAUUUUUUGUAUCGAUUCUGUUUAAAAAAAACAGCGUAAAGAUUUAAAACAGGAAAUAAAAAUACAUUUAAAAGUUCAUUUAGUGCGAAAAUUUACAAAUUUAUUAGCAUUUAUCUCAUUCAAUGUUCGUAAAUUCAUGAACAAGCUGAAAAACUGAAACUUAACAAAUGACAAGAAAUGUAAAUCUUACACAGUUCGUAAACAGAAAAAAGGUGAAAAAAGGAUAAACAUGUUUUUCAUACCAAAAUAUGAAUUUCUACACCACAAUAAUGAUGCAUAUUUUAUAAAUACUAAAUGAAAUAGUAGGUCUAAUUUUACAUAUUUUUCUACUGCAACAAAUGUAUUAAUGUUGUGUCACAAUCCAGUUUUCCCAUUGGUCACAUCCAGUAACAUACACAUUUACCAUACCGCAAUUGUUCCGCCUUUACGCAGCGUCAUAGCAAUGGUACAUAGGUUUAUCGUUUAUAAUGCAGAAUCAAUAUUAAGAUAUACUAAUGAGGUAGCUAGUCCAAAUAGUAAUGUACUAUGUUGACUUUUAAACAUAUGUAAACGUUCAUUUGUAAAUAAUUUGCUACAGUCAUACGACAGACUAGCACAGUAUAUCAUCUAACUGGAGAAAUACAUUUUGAUAUAAAUAUGUUAAGUCAAAGUCGCCACACUAUAAGAAAAACAUCAAAGCAAUCAUACAUAUUUUUUUUCAUUAAAUCAUAUGAUAAAUAAUGUAUCUCUGGCAGGAAAAAAUACCUCCCAAAAAUGAAGUUUAGUAAGGAUAUUGUUUCAAACGUACGCAAAAUGUUCAUACAUUCUUUUCAAAUAUUUUACAUUAUCGGGAUCAAUUUGCAUUAGUUCAUGUCAAAACAUUAUCUCACAUGCCACUUUUAAAAAUGGAGAUCUAAACAAAUGUUUUUAAAUGACUUCAAUAAAAAAUAAAAAUAUUAAAACAUGAGCUAGGUACUUAAAUAAAUAUAAGUUCUUUAUUGAGUCGCUUCUAAAUGGGUGGGGGCAUUGAUGUGAAAAAAGUAUAUGAUAUUGCGUAUUUCAGUUAGCUGUAAUUUUGACAUUUUAUUAACAAUAUACUUUUCUAAAUGAGUAAAAAAUAUGUACAUGUAGUAAUUUGAAAGGUAUUUAUAAAAGUCUAAGUAUAACGUUAGAAGAUUCGGUAAGUGCAUGUUGUCAUACAGUUUACAGCUAUAUGCAUUAUCGUGGUUCAAAUAAAUUUCUUUGACAUAUCCGUACAAAUAUUCUUUAAGGAAAUAUUUCUUCUUUCAGUUUUAUAUACCUUUCCUGAUUUUUUAACAAUUAGAAAGCGUCUGUUUUUCUUAAUACUUUAUAUGCGAUCCCUUAGCCUAGCUCUGCUGUGAAA